AUGUUAGCAGACCUAGGGUCCUGUUUGCUGUUGGCAGUGGCACUGCUGGGCCCAGGGCCCAGGGCUCAAGCCAUGAAAGGUGUCAAAUGUGGAGGUGUACUCUCAGCACCUUCUGGAAACUUCUCCAGCCCAAACUUCCCCAGGCUUUACCCCUAUGAUACAGAGUGCAGCUGGCUGAUCGUGGUGGCUGAGGGCUCCUCUGUGCUGCUCACCUUCCAUGCCUUCGACCUGGAGUAUCACGACACCUGCAGUUUUGACUUCCUGGAGAUCUACAAUGGGGCCUCCGGAGACAAGGGCAACCUUCUGGGGAGGUUUUGUGGCCAGGUUCCCCCACCACCAUUCUCCUCCUCGUGGCAUGUCAUGUCUGUCGUCUUCCACUCGGACAAGCAUGUGGCCAGCCGUGGCUUUUCUGCAGGCUACCAGAAAGAUGUGUGCGGUGGUGUCCUGACGGGCCUGUCGGGGGUCCUCACCAGCCCUGAGUACCCCAGCAAUUACCCCAACAAUGUGGAGUGUCGCUGGGUGAUCCGGGCCACUGGCCCUGCCACCAUCAAGCUGGUGUUCAUGGACUUCCAGGUGGAGGGAAAUGCAGAGUGCACCUAUGACUACGUGGCUGUGCUUGGGGGGCCAGGUCCUGCCCAUGGACACCAUUACUGUGGUAGCACCAGGCCCCCCACUCUUGUGUCCAUGGGCCAUGAGCUACAGGUGGUCUUCAAGUCUGACUUCAACAUUGGAGGCCGGGGCUUCAAGGCCUACUAUUUCUCAGGAGAAUGCCAGGAGGUAUACACAUCCAUGCGUGGCAACUUCUCCAGCCCACGUUACCCCAGCUCCUACCCCAACAAUAUCCGGUGCCACUGGACCGUCCGUCUGCCUGCCGGCUACCGGAUCAAGAUCUUCUUCCUGGACCUGGACCUGGAGGGGCCCAACAGCCUGACCAGGACCUGUGACUUUGACCAUCUGGUGGCCUUUGAUGGGGCCAGUGAGGAGGCACCCCUGCUAGGAAGUUGGUGUGGCCACCGCCUGCCACCACCUGUCACCUCCAGCCUCAACCAGCUCUUGCUCCUGCUGCACACGGACCUCAGCACCACCCGCAGAGGUUUCUCUGUGGCCUACAUAGGAGGUCAGCUGGGCUGGAGGGAGUGGGCACGCUGGCCUGGGGAGAACGGAGUGGUGCCCAUGAACGUGAGCUGCUCCCGCAAGUAUGUCCAGAUCCUGAUCUCGGCGCAAACACUGGCUCCAUUGGAGCGGACCAAGGUCUACCUGGGCAGCCGGAGCUGUGCUGCCCAGGAAGUCGGCAGCAACUUCAGGAUCCAGGCCCGUUUUGACACCUGUGGUACUGAGUCUCAGAGAAGGAACAACACUUCAGUAAUCGUCAGCGUGCUGUACAUCGACUUCUCGACCAGUGAGCAGGACGACAUCCAUGAGUACGAGGUCCUCUGUGAGCCACGGCGCAAGGAGGCGUCUGUCCACCUGCUGUCUGGCUCAGAUUGGCUUGGGCCCUAUGCUGCCACUGUGGAGCACCUUCAGGAAGCACCACCCAGGGCCGAGAUGGAUACACUGGAAAGCCGGGUGGCCAUGGUGGCCCAGGACACCAGUGACAUCAUUUUCCUGGGCCUUUGCAUCCUGGCUGGAGUCCUCAUGGUCAUUGCCAUUGUGGUCCUGAUGCUGCUGUGA